CAUGGAGUCCCACACACUACCACACUCACAAUCCAUAUCGGAAUAGGGAGUUAGGAAAGUUGCACUAUAAAUACAACGAUUCGGCGUUUAAUUCUCUCACAAUUUCAGAAGAUUUGGUUUCAGAGAGCAAUUCAGUAUUUUAUAAAAAGCGAUGGCGUCUUCAAAGAAAAUCACUCUGAUCAGUUUCGAAGGAGAUCGAUUCGAGGUGGAGGAGACGGUGGUGCUGCAGUCGCAGACCGUGAAGCACAUGAUUGAAGACGAUUGCACCGACGGCGGCGUUCCUACACCGAACGUGACGAGUAAGAUUCUGACGAAGGUAAUCGAGUUCUUGAAGAAGCACGCGGAGUCUUCCAAAGAGGAAGAUCUCAAUGCCUGGGAUGCGGAGUUCAUUAGAGUGGACCAAUCCGUGCUGUUUGAUUUGAUUAUGGCUGCGAAUUAUUUGAAUAUCAAGGGCUUACUUGAUCUGACUUGCCGAACUGUGGCGGACAUGAUUAAGGGCAAGACUCCUGAAGAGAUCAGGAAGAAUCUUAACAUCAGGAAUGAUUUUACUCCUGAAGAGGAAGAAGAGGUUCGUAGGGAGAACCAGUGGGCAUUCGAUUAAUUGAGUUGUUUGGAUUAUAGUCGUUAAAUAAAUUGAAUUGAAUUGAAUGAAUGAAUCAUAAUCG